CACAAUUCUUUUAGACCAGAGAGUGCACAGUCUAACCAGAGAUGUAAACCUCUGAAAGAGCGCAUCAAUGCCGAGGCACAAAAAUAUGAUUGCGGGUGUUCUGCUGCUGUGUGUUGUCCGAGCGCUCUGCUCCGAUGACGGCAAGACUCAAGUCUGCGUAUCCAGUCGUGAAGCAGCAUGUUUUCGUCCAGCUGAUUAUCUGAAUUAUCUGAAUGCAUCGGAUCCCGUCAGCAAAGAGCUGACUGUUGGUGAGAAACUCAUCAUCUCUCUGGAGGACCUCUCUGAAUCUCUCGUCUGCUACUGGAUGAGAGGAGGAGACAGACUAAUGACAACAGAUGGAAAUCAGUUAAUGGUCACACCACCGCUUUCAGAGACAGACUCAGGGGAGUACACGCUGACCUGUCAAUCCAGCAAUGACACCUUGUUCUCCGUGACUGUGAUUCUUCAUGUAGUAAUGAAACGUCCCACAAAACCACAGCUGAUGCUCGAUGGCGUUGACCGCCCAAAGACUUCCCCUCUUUUUAAAUGCAUCUCUGAGGGCUCUCCACAUCCUACAAUUGAAUGGAAUUUGGGAAACUAUGGAGGUGUGAAUAAGACAAGCAAUGGAAGGACAGAGAGCACAAUAACAAGCAGUGAUUUUGAUAAAACAGGAAUGAUGUGCUGUGCAACCAAUGCUGAAGGACAAGAGUGCUCCCAAAUGUAUGACUACGACUUAGAGAGGAACUUAAUGAACAAAGAUGAGGUAUCUAAUGUCACCCUGGGCAAAGGGCAGUCUCUGCUGCUUCGCUGCAGAAUGACAUGGAAGAGUCCACCAUCACCUGUGUGGGAGAAAGGAGGAGAAGUUCUCGAUGCCAGCAUAUUAUCAUGUAAACCGGAGAAGGAGGAGAUGUGCAUUAAAAAUGACAGACAUCAGGGCAGUCGGAUGGCCUACCUGUCCAUCAGAUCACUUAGAGAGGAGCACAGCGGCACAUACACCUGCAAGGGUCCAAAUAAAAACCAAACAUCUGUUUAUGUUCAUGUCUUGGUUAAAGGUUUCCUCUCUGCUCAGCUGGAUGAGCACAAGAUCAUACCAGCUCAGCUGGCAUCCAGCACCUGCUUGCAGGCCAGUGUUUCCUACAACCCUGUUCUCCAGCACUGUUCCUGGGAGACUCCUGACAAAAAUAUGAUUAGAUGUGUCAGGGAGACAGGUGUAACACAGCACAGGACUGUGAAGCUUUGUGAUGGACUCAUAUCAGGAGAUUACAAGUUAUACCUGGAGGCUGGAGGACAAAAGGAAACAAAGAACAUAUCAGUGUGUGUUGUAGGUAAACCAAAGUUCAAAUUCUCAGUUAAUGAGGCUAAUGAUACCUACACCGUUGAGACUGAGAGUCUGGUGCCAGCAAACUAUACCUGGUUGGAUUGCUCUGAAUUCAAUGAAAGCUGUGAAACAGACUCUUCCUGGAAAGAGAUCCCAAAUGCAUUUCAAACUGAUUCUGAUGUUUCCUGCAACAAGAUAAUCCAGAGCUCACUGAGCACAGGCCUGGUGGAUGGAGACCGUUUAAAGUUUUGCCUGACAAACACAGUUGGCACCUGGUGCGAAAUUCCUCACAUAAUAUACAAACCACCACCAGUCCAGCGCUCUAUAGGUCAGCCACCUACGGAUACCAGCUUGAUGCUGCUGAAAGUAUGCAGCAUGAGUCUUCUUAUGGCUUUGGUGAUAGUCAGCAUUGUGCUUAUGUACUUUGUCAAAAAGAAGCAGAAACCUCAAUAUCAGCCUCAGCUUCAGAUGAUCCAGAUGACUGGACCCAGUGAUAACGAUUACAUCUACAUUAACUUCAAGGACUUUGAAUAUGACAGAAAAUGGGAGUUUCCCAGGGAGAACCUUGAACUGGGUAAAGAACUGGGCUCUGGAGCUUUUGGCAUGGUGGUCCAGGCUACAGCACAUGGCAUCAGAAAGCCUGGAAUCUCACAGCAGGUGGCUGUCAAGAUGCUAAAAGAAAAACACCAGUCUAUGGAGAAGGAGGCUUUGAUGUCAGAGCUCAAGAUGCUGACUCACAUCGGACACCAUGCCAACAUUGUCAAUCUGCUUGGCGCAUGCACAGACUUGGGACCAAUAUACCUGAUCUUCCAGUACUGCUGUCACGGUGAUCUGCUGAAUUACCUAAAAAACAACAGUGAACGUUACCACAAGUCUGUAACAGACGCUUUUGACAAAGACCGUUUCAGAAGCCUCUACCAAAACCUGCAGCUCAAGAAGAACCCUAGUGAGCUGGAAGCACCAGUGGAUAAUUACAUACCUAUGUUCGGCUCUACCACAAGGGGGCAGGAGGACAUUGCCCUCCUCACCCUUAACCCUGAUGACAUGGACAACUGCCGAGACGCAGAGAGCGUCAAAACCUCAGACGAGCAGACAGAAGACUUGGACGCCCUGACCUUCGAUGACUUGCUGAGCUUUGCCUUCCAAGUGGCCAGAGGCAUGGAGUUCCUCUCCUCCAAGAAUUGUAUCCAUCGGGACCUGGCAGCUCGUAAUGUGCUGGUGACAAAGGGCAGGCAGGUGAAAAUUGGUGACUUUGGACUCGCCCGAGACAUCGAAAAUGACUCCAACUAUGUCGUGAGAGGAAACGUGCGUUUGCCGGUGAAAUGGAUGGCACCUGAGAGCAUCUUCGAGGGAAUGUACACCAUGAAGAGUGAUGUCUGGGCUUAUGGCAUUCUGCUCUGGGAGAUCUUCUCACUCGGUGUCACUCCGUACCCAGGCAUAAAAGUGGAUCAUAUGUUCUAUUCGAUGAUUGAGAGAGGAUUUAAGAUGGAGUGUCCAUAUUAUGCCAGUGAAACUGUGUAUGGGAUGAUGUGUACGUGUUGGACCCUGGAUCCCGCUAAACGUCCUUCUUUCUCCAAGUUGGUGUCCUUCAUAUGUGACCAGCUGAUAGACAGAGAGGAGAAGCUCUACCAUAACAUGUUUGAUCAGAUUUGCGGUGACUACCAGAAUUUAUCGACCACUGUGGACAUGUCUGCCUUGAUGAAACAAAGCGAAGAAAACAAGACCCCAGCUGCCAAUGACUACUGUCUAGCCUGCGCGACCGAAGAAAACUAUGCAGAAACAUCCGACUCCAACGCUCUGGCAGCUGAGAAGGAGCUUCUAAAACCAUCUGAUACAGAGUGAUCACCUUUAUACCAUUUUUAUCCAUACAACAGCUCAUGUAACAGUCUGGAUAAUAAGAUACUAACAUAAUAAUUUAGAGUAGAAUCAACCUGCUUGUUUUAUAUUAUAUUCAAGUAUUGCAAGCAUUUUUAUACUCAUUUAUGGAAUUAAUUAAACAAACAGCACAUAUUUAACAUAUAUUUCCACCAUCUAAGGAUGUCAUUAAAGGGUUUUAUUGUGUAGAUGGGAUUUCAUUGAAUGAUGUUUUUACAAUAAAAUGAGAUGAAUGUUCUAAAAAAAAAAAAAAAAAAAAAAAAAGGAUGUUUGUAUUCUCUUAAGAUUUUAUUGUGUAGCCUAAAUAGAAUAAUUAAUUUAAAAAACAUAUAUUUAAGGGAAUGUACUUCAUAUAUGUAGCUUUGGAAAUGCUUUUUUUCCCGUUAAAAUAAUAAACAAGCUCAGGGGUUUACUGCAUAUCUUAUAUAUAUUACGUUGUCAUAUAUAUAUAUAUAUAUAUAUAUAUAAUUUCGCAGUAUUUUUUUUCUAAAAAAUAGUUUUAGAGAUUUAUAUGCCAGUAGUGAUUGCAAGCAGUUUAUUUUUGUACGUGCUUGCUUUUUUUCACAGUAAGCCUUUUCUGUAUAUUUACUGGAAUUUUUACACUAUAUUAUAUUUUAUCUAAUUCAAGCAUUAUACCUGCAAUAAA